AGGACUUGAAGUGAUAGUUCUAAGUUGAUCAUCCAUCUUAAGCAAUGUUUCCUUUAACGCUUCUUUGCUUUUUAGCUCUUUUACACGCUUCUUACCAACAGUUCCCAAGAGCGUGUGCUACAGCCGAAGCCCUUCUAAGCAAAGAGUGCUGUCCAGUUUGGGAUGGUGACGCAUCUGUUUGCGGGGAGAGCUCUAGAAGAGGCUCUUGCCAAGAUGUUUCUGUCACAGAUGCCCCGGACGGGCCCCAGUUCCCACACUCUGAUGUCGAUGACAGAGAGAAGUGGCCCUUGGUGUUUUACAACAGGACUUGUCAGUGCGCUGGCAACUUCAUGGGCUUCAACUGCGGUGAUUGCAAGUUCGGCUUCUUUGGACCCAGCUGCGACGAGAGAAGAGAGUCCAUUCGAAGGAAUAUUUUCCAGCUAACCGCAGCUGAGAAAAAUAAAUUCCUAGCGUACCUGAAUCUGGCUAAGAACACUGUCAGUACAGAUUAUGUAAUAGCUACCGGCACCUACACACAAAUGAACAACGGGUCCACCCCAAUGUUUAGAGACAUCAGUGUUUAUGACCUGUUUGUGUGGAUGCACUACUACGCGUCUAGGGACACUUUGCUUGGUGGGUCAAGUAAUGUAUGGAGGGAUAUCGAUUUCGCCCACGAAGCCCCGGCGUUUUUGCCUUGGCACCGAGUGUUUCUGCUGCUCUGGGAGCAAGGGAUACGAAAGUUGACGAGAGACCAGAACUUCACUAUUCCUUAUUGGGACUGGAGAGACGCGCAGGACUGUGAUGUAUGCACUGAUGAGUACCUGGGAGGUCGUCAUCCCACCAACCCCGAUAUUCUCAGUCCAGCUUCAUUCUUCUCUUCUUGGCAGGUAAUUUGCACAAAAUCCGAAGAGUACAACAGGUUAGAGACUUUAUGUAACGGGACUGGUGAAGGGCCCAUUCUGCGUAACCCAGGCAACCAUGACAGGAUCAGAACGCCCAGGCUGCCUACAUCUGCGGAGGUGGAAUUCUGCUUGAGUCUGACAGAGUAUGAAACUGAACCCAUGGAUAAGUUUGCAAACAUGAGCUUCCGGAAUACUCUGGAAGUCCACAAUUAG